CACACACACACACACACACACACACACACACACACACACACACACACACACACACACACACACACACACACACACACACCGGAGACAUAUCAGAGAGCGAGAGCCGCUCAGACACACACACACACACACUGGAGAGACGCUGAGCAGAUACUUUAGAUAUAGCCUCCCCUUACUUUAUGUCAAAAUAGACUAUAAGUAUUUGGUACUUUUUCAAGAAAGUUAAUAAAAUGAGUUUAAUCAUCCAAAAUCUUCGUUGGAAUAUCAUCUUUACAGCGUCUGGAAUAAGCAUUCUCCAAGUUUCUGCCUCCAGCCCUUUCAGGCAGUACGUCCUAAUCAAUUAAUACAUUUUAAAAUUUCCCAACCAUGGACCUUCCAGGCUCCGUGCCUCCCUCUCCCUUUCCCUACACCUUCCCCUUCAUCCCCAACGUCUCCCUGCCGUCUCCCUCUCCAUCCAUCUCUCCGUCCCCAAGCCUGGCCUCCACAGCUCUCUUCUGCUCCUUCCUGUCGCUCCUCUCCCUGCUGGGUAUCACAGGGAACCUGUACACCCUGGGACUGCUCCUCAGACGCAGGAGAGGACGGAGGAGGCACAGAGCAGGAGCAUGCUGCUGCCCGCACAGACUCCCGGUCCCGUCCUGCCUGGCCAGCGCUCCCUCCCCUUCCCUCUCCCCUUCUUCCUCUCCCGUCUCCUCUUCCAUCAGCUCUUCCUCCUCCCUCUACCUCCAGGUACUGAGCUUGGCUCUGGCCGACCUCCUCUACCUCUUCACCGCGCCCUUCAUCGUGUACGACAGCCUUGCGUCCGGCUGGGCCUUUGGGGAGCUGGGCUGCCGCCUGCUCCUCAGCUUGGACCUCCUGACAAUGCACGCCUCCAUCUUCACCCUGACGGCCAUGAGUCUGGACCGCUACAGGGCCGUGGCGCGGCCCCUCCACGCCUCCUCCUCCAACUCCUCGGGCCCGCUGCGCGUGGGCCUGGCCUGGGGCCUGGCGCUGGCGCUGAGCCUUCCCAUGAUGAUCACUCUGCACCUGGAGGACGGCGACAGCCAGGACGGCCAGCUCUGCGUGCCGGCCUGGGACGAGCAGAGCUCCAAGGCCUAUCUCAGCAUCCUCUUCUGCACCAGCAUCCUGGGCCCGGGGCUGGCCAUCGGGGCGCUGUACGCCACUCUGGGCCGGCUGUACUGGGUGUCUCAGACACGGCCCGCCUGGGCCAGCGGGGGCAGCACGGCCUACCCUCCCAGAGCGCCCAAGCCCAAGGUGCUGCUCCUCAUCCUGGGCAUUGUGAUAGCCUUCUGGGCCUGCUUCCUGCCCUUCUGGAUCUGGCAGCUGCUGCCCCUCUACCAGCCCGACAUGCUGAGGACCAUACCGGUGGGCACCCAGGUCACAGUCAACCGGAUCCUGACUGGCCUGACCUAUGGGAACUCCUGCGUGAAUCCCUUUUUCUACACCCUGCUGACGGGAAAACGGAAACGCAAUCGGCAGACGCUGACGUCGGCCAACGAGCUCUGCCGCAAGAGCAGUCCUGUGCAGUAAGAUACGUACGUCUCUGGCCCUAGAGCCCCUUUCUUCUAUAGGACUUUGGUAUGUAUAUGUACUAUAUAUUGUCACAUGUAAUUGACACUCAAAUUCUAUGGAUUUCCCCACAUACACAAGAGGACAGGAGAAUGGUGGGAAAUGAAAGCACUUUGUUUGUAGUUUGUCACGAGGAAUUUGGUGCAGUCGAAAGAACAUUAACAAUUGGUGGGGAAUUCAAUAUUUCAACAAACUUCAUGUGUUAAUUGUGUCAGAUAAUCUAUUCUACAACUCGUGUCAGGCAAAUUGACAAUCUUUGGUCACAAAACAUCCAAAGCAAAACGACAAUGCUUCUGGCUGACAUUGGGGGAGACAAUAUAAUGUUUUGAGACACCGCACAUUAUGGGUCAAAGGCUAUCCUUGAACAAUUACAAAAACACAGACACAACUCGACAUAAUAAAGCUAAAGCAGCAUGUUAGCUUUUAAAACCUAUUUUGCUAUAACACAUGACACACUUCUUUGCAUGGCCUUAAUGUUUAUCAGAAUAUAUAAUACAGCUUUUUAAAAAAAUGUGCUUCCUGUAGUAUAUCUAAGUGUCAAGUGUUGCAUUGGUUUGGUAGGAGGGAACUCACAGCAAUGGUUCCUCUGACCACAAAACUACAGCUGAACCAUAUUAUUGCUAGCCUUUACAAUGUUACCAAAGAAACAAAUAAGUAUGUUAGUUAUGUUACUAAGUUAAGGGCCAAGCAAAUUAAGUUGAUUUUUAUUUUUCAAUUAUCAUUUCCAUUCCCAUGCAUAUACAUGCAUAAAAAAUAUUUGGGGCCAUCUUGUGUCCCAGUCUCAUGUAAUCUCUGCAUUCUCUUUAAAACCUAAAUUUUCCCAUGUAACAUUCACAUUUAUCUGGUAAAAUAUGACGAUGGUAAACAACCCUCAUUGGCUUUGCCCAUACCUUGGUCUAUUCUAAUGUGGAGAUCCUUUUUAUUCUCUCAGAGAUUCUCCAUGUCCAAGUUGUCCCUGUCUCUGUCCCGCUCUAAGGUGUGAAUACUGCUGUUUG